AUGGCUCAAAACAUAGAGUCACAACCCCCCGGCGCCUACAUGUACGACGAGAUCGACGCGCUCGCGCAGAAACACUUCCCCGACGUCUAUAACGCGCUCCUCGAUGUCGACAACGUUCCUUGGGAGCGGCCUGACUACGACAGAGUCGGCUUCUCCUCACACUCGCUCUUCCUGGGCAACGUUGUCCUCGACAACAUCACGUACAAAGCCUCAGCAUAUAUGACAAGCCAAGGAAACAUCCAGUUCUUCCGCCGCAACAUCAGUCUUUCGCGACGCGAUAACGAACGCCUCUCCCUUGUCAGUCUUUGGGCAUUUCUGGACGAGAAAUCCGAGCGCCCAAGCAUGGAUAAUCUGAAGGCAUUAUGCGGUUUCUACUUCGUUGCCGCCGGAUAUGCUGAGGUGGUGAAUGCGAAAAAGGGUUGGUUCCGAGAUUUGAAGAUGGCUUGUACGAAGGUCGGCCUCGGUCUUGGAGCAUUGGUCGAUGAGCCUGCGGUUUCUGGGCUGGAUGGAGAGGUGGAGAAGAAUGUUGAGAAGGCCCUGAGUUCGCACGAUGGCGACGUCGAAGACAACGUGGACUCUGGCGAUGAGACAGACGUCACGGCGGGGGCGGAGAUGACGGGCCUUGGUGCUGGGGUCGACGAAGUCAAGGUGGCACACAUCCUGCAACGGCUCUUGAUAGUAGUCAAGACUAGACAGGAGAGCUGGGGCGAGCGGAUUGAGACAGAACUGAAGUGGGCUUGGCCGAACUACAAGAAGUACUGGAGAUAG